CACUUGCCCUGCUGUGAAGCAACUGCGAGUAAAAGUAAGAAGAAGAGCUAGCCACUGGUUUGAGUCGACGUCGAUCGAUGUGGCGGCUAAGGAUCGGGGAGGAGGCCGGCGGCCAGCCGUGGCUGCGCACCACCAACGCGCACGCCGGCCGCCAGGUCUGGGAGUUCGACCCCGCUGCUGCCGGCGCCCUGGACGACGUCCACAACGCGCGCCGCGAGUACUCCAGCCGCCGGCACCAGCUCAAGCACAGCGCCGACCGCCUCAUGCGCUUGCAGUUCGCUGAGUUGACUGCUCCUAAGCUGGACAUUCCUGGUAUCAAGCUCCAAGAGCAUGAAGAUGUCACUGAAGAAGCUGUUUUGACCUCUUUAAAGAGGGCAAUCGGACAGCUGUCUACUCUCCAAGCAUAUGAUGGACACUGGCCUGGGGAUAUCGCCGGUCCUAUGUUCCUUCUGCCAGGCUUGGUAAUAGCACUGCAUUCGACUGGUGCUCUAAAUACUGUCUUAUCGUCAGAGCAUCAGAAGGAGAUACGUCGGUAUCUCUACAAUCAUCAGAACAAAGAUGGAGGCUGGGGAUUGCACAUUGAGGGCCCAAGCACCAUGUUUGCUUCUGUCUUGAACUAUGUUACCUUGAGAUUACUACGAGAAGGAUCAGAUAGUGAAGAUGGAGCCAUUCAGUUAGCUCAGAAUUGGAUUUUGGAUCAUGGAGGAGCAACCUUUGCAACAUCAUGGGGAAAAUUUUGGCUUUCGGUUCUUGGUGUAUUUGACUGGUCUGGUAACAACCCAUUGCUUCCGGAACUAUGGUUACUACCAUACUGCCUCCCAUUUCAUCCAGGGCGGAUGUGGUCCCAUUGCCGAAUGGUAUACUUUCCCAUGUCUUACAUAUACGGAAAGAGGUUUGUCGGCCCAAUUACACCAACUGUAUUGAACUUACGGAAGGAACUCUAUAAAGUACCCUAUGAUGAGAUAGAUUGGGACAAAGCUCGCAACCAAUGUGCUAAGGAGGAUCUGUACUGUCCUCAUCCACUCGGACAAGAUAUCUUAUGGACCACUCUUCACAAAUUUGUUGAACCAGUUCUGUCGCAUUGGCCUGGAAGCAAAUUGAGGGAGAAAGCUUUGAAAAAUGCUAUGCAACAUAUUCAUUACGAAGAUGAGAACACCCAAUAUGUUUGCAGUGGUGCUGUAGGGAAGGUACUGAAUAUGCUUUGUUGCUGGAUAGAAGAUCCUAACUCAGAGGAAUUCAAACUUCAUAUUCCAAGGAUCUAUGAUUACUUGUGGGUUGCUGAAGAUGGCAUGAAGAUGCAGGGUUAUAAUGGCAGCCAGCUUUGGGACACAGCUCUUACAGUUGAAGCUAUACUGGCUACGGAACUCACAGAAGAGUUCCGUCCUACUCUUAAACUAGCCCAUGACUACAUAAAAAAUUCACAGAUUCUUCACGACUGCCAUGGAGAUUUGAGUGUCUGGUAUCGUCAUAUAUCUAAAGGUGCAUGGACCUUUUCAACCGCCGAUCAUGCUUGGCCUGUAUCAGAUUGCACUGCACUAGGAUUAAAGGCCUCAUUGUUGUUGUCAAAGAUUUCUCCAAAAAUGGUUGGCGUAUCAAUAGAAGCCAAUAGACUUUAUGAUGCUGUCAAUUGCCUGCUUUCUUGGAUGAAUGGAAAUGGUGGCUUUGCAUCGUAUGAACUCACCAGGUCUUAUGCCUGGAUGGAGUUUCUCAAUCCUUCUGAGAUCUUUGGGGACAUAAUGAUUGAUCAUCCUGUUGUUGAAUGUACUUCAGAAGUGAUCCAGGCCCUGACUACAUUCAGAAAGCACUACCCUGGACAUAGGAGGGAAGAGAUAGACAAAUGUAUACAUAAAGCUGAAAACUUCAUUGGGAGUAUUCAAAGAAAUGACGGCUCAUGGUAUGGCUCCUGGGCUAUUUGUUUCACCUAUGGGACAUGGUACGCAGUGAGGGGAUUAGUUGCUGCUGGAAGGACAUUCAAGAACUGUCAUGCUAUCAGGAAGGCCUGCGACUUCUUGUUGUCGAAAGAGGUUCCUUCUGGUGGCUGGGGAGAAAGCUAUUUGUCAUGCAGAGAUAAGGUUUACACCGAACUUGAAGGAAGGCGCCCCCAUGUAGUCAACACCAGUUGGGCCAUGCUGGCCCUAAUUGAUGCUGGGCAGGCCGAGAGAGAUCCAGGGCCUCUGCACCGGGCAGCAAAGGUUUUGAUUAACCUACAACUAGAGGAUGGCGAGUUCCCUCAGCAAGAGAUCAUCGGCAUCUUCGCCAGAAACUGCACCAUCACCUACUCCCAGUAUCGGAAUAUCUUCCCUAUCUGGGCGCUCGGAGAGUACUGCUGCCGCGUCCUGGGCAGCAGAUCACCAGAGGAACAUGGCGAUGCCUAGCUGCUGAUCCAAGCCAGAAGCGCACUAUCUGCAAAUGAAAUCUAUACAUACUGGUACGUACCUUCUCAAGGCAGAAAAAUGGUAGACAGAUAAAGGAACUGUACUUGCAGUAUUGUUGUACACUAUCAGAUUCCAAAUAAAUGAUUGGUGUAUAAUUAUGGAAUAUAAGAAGUCCCAGAAAAGAUGAUACCAAGAUGCUUA